UUUUCUCUUCUCUCUUUUGUCUUCUCUCUUCGUCUUCCCCCAAUCUCCUUCGUCCUUGUUCCUUCUUCUUCUGUUCUGGGGUACGUACUCUCUCGCUAGUCUAAUGGGAAGCUGUUGGUCUGAUGGGUCAAACGGCGGUGGUGGUGGAAUGGUUAGUGGUGGUGUUGGUGGGACUACUUCCUCCGCCGCCACUCCGAACGACGCUGUUGACCAUUACCUCAAGUCUCGUGGCUACAAUGGCCUCUUUUCUCAGAUCGAGCUAUCCUUCUCUGCUUCCAAUUUACGAGACCGGGAUGUGAUUUCAAAGAGUGAUGCAAUGGUGGUUGUUUAUACUAAAGGAAGAGAUGGAACACUUGCUGAAUUGUUCCGUACUGAAGUUGUUUUGAAUUCUUUGAGCCCUAAAUGGAUUAGGAAUAUUACCAUUGGUUAUCAGUUCGAGAUUGUUCAAACUUUACUGUUUCGUGUCUACGAUAUUGACACUCAGUUUCAAAAUUCAAAGGAGGAGUUGAUUAAGCUCGACGAGCAGCAAUUUCUUGGUGAGGCAACAUGUACAUUGUCUGAGAUUGUCACCAAAUCAAAUAGGACGGUUGCCUUAGAACUUAUGCGUAAAGAAGGUGUUGGUGCGCAGACUCAACCACAAAACAAUGGAAAGCUUAUUGUCCAUGCUGAGGAGUCUCUAGCUUCUAAGACCAAUACAGAGAUAGUGUUCAGGGGGUUGAAUUUGGAGUCAAAGGAUACCUUCUCUAAGAGUGACCCGUUUUUGGUGAUAUCUAAGAUUGUGGAGCACGGGACUCCAAUCCCAGUCUCUAAAACUGAAGUCUUAAAGAAUGAUCUUAAUCCACUUUGGAAACCAGUCUCUUUAAGUGUUCAACAAGUGGGGAGUAAGGACAGCCCACUGGUAAUAGAGUGCUUAGACUUCAAUGGCAAUGGCAAUCAUGAUCUGAUCGGAAAAGUUCAGAAAUCUCUUUCAGACUUGGAAAAGCUUCAUUUGGCUGGCCAAGGAAUCAAUUUAGUCUUACCUACUGGUGUUGGACAUAAACAUGAAGACAGGGCAUUAAAGAGCCAGCUUUUCGUGGACAAGUUUACUGAAACCGUUCAGCAUACAUUCCUAGAAUACUUGGCGUCUGGAUUUGAAUUGAACUUCAUGGUUGCUAUUGACUUCACAGCUUCAAAUGGAAAUCCUCGUCUCCCAGAUUCUUUGCAUUACAUCGAUCCUACAGGGCGGUUAAAUGCCUACCAGAGGGCAAUAGUUGAAGUUGGAGAAGUAUUACAGUUCUAUGACUCUGACAAACGCUUUCCCGCGUGGGGUUUUGGAGCUCGUCCAAUCGACAUCCCGGUCUCACAUUGCUUUAACCUCAACGGAAGCAGUACUUAUUGCGAGGUAGAUGGGAUUCAAGGUAUCAUGAAUGCCUACAACGGUGCUCUCUUCAACGUCUCUUUUGCAGGGCCUACUCUAUUUGGUCCCGUGAUCAAUGCUGCUGCAACAAUGGCUAGCGACUCACUCUCUCAAAGUGCAAAGAAAUAUUACGUCUUGUUGAUAAUCACAGAUGGAGUAAUAACAGAUCUCCAAGAAACGAGAGACUCGAUUGUCAGUGCAUCGGAUCUCCCAUUAUCAAUCCUCAUUGUUGGAGUUGGAGGAGCUGACUAUAAAGAAAUGGAGGUACUAGAUGGAGAUAAAGGAGAGAAAUUAGAGAGCUCGACCGGUCGCAUAGCAUCGCGUGAUAUCGUCCAGUUUGUUGCAUUAAGAGACAUACAAUAUGGAGAGGUGUCAGUGGUAGAAGCGCUCCUAGCUGAAUUGCCAACACAAUUUUUGACGUAUAUGAGAAACCGUAACAUCACUCCCACCUCCACCAACACCUCUUCUUCUUCUUGAUCCCAACUCACUCUCAACACUGUACAUACAUCAUCAUUCACAGCUCUAAACGCUGUCGUUUUCUCUCGUUUUUUUUUUUUUUUUGUCAUUUUUUUUUGGUUUCUCUUUGUCUGGAAUUUUUCCAUUAUCCAGUUCCACGUCAAAAUUCAUAUCAUCAUCACUCUUGAUUUGUUGCCAAAAACUUGACAUUAUUUUUAUCAAUAUCAUUUGCCAAAUUUACAAGUUGGUUUGGCGUAUUCACA